CGCAAUUGCUACCCAACGUUGUGGUGGUCCGAAACCCUAAUUCUAGUUCGCAAGGUCCUCGCCCAAAGAAUUGCGAUGCUUGUUGCUGCGAGAAGAGCUGCCCGCACACUUUUGGUUGACAGUUCUACCUUCCAGUCGUCUUCAUGUCGUCAUCGGCACUUGGUCGCGGCUGUUCUCGUAGCACGAGAGAGCUUUUGCUCAGCUUCUUCCACAAUCACGGAAGAUGGCUCCGUGUCUUACCUUCGUAAUCCCAGGAAUGGUGCCCAGGUGUACCUCGUCGGCACUGCUCACGUCUCGGUCAAGAGUGCCGACCAAGUUCGAGAGGUUAUACAACGAGUGAGGCCCGAUCGAGUUGCGGUGGAAUUGUGCCAAGAGAGAGCGAAAAAUCUAAUGUCAGACAACCCUCAGCGGAAGGGGAAAACACCCCUUCAACAGUUGCAAGAACUGUUUAACUUGCCUGGAGGCUUGGGUCAGAAGCUAAUUGGCUUUUGGAUGAAGUCCAUGUAUGAGCUUAUUCGAAACACUGGUGUAGAGCCUGGCAAAGAGUUUAGGAUUGCUAUGGAGGAGGCGCAGCGAUUGAAUGCGGAGAUUCUCUACAUAGACCAGAAUGUUCAUGAAACUAUAAAGAGAUUAAGAGACGUUAUCACAAUCUGGGAUGUGUUAAAAAUGCUGAAAAAUCCCAAUCAACACCUUGAUACUUAUCCUUCAUUCAUGAAAGACAUGGAGCACCGUGAUUUUGAAGAAACCGUGGAAAGGGUGAAGACUCGAGAGAACGUGAGAGAAAUGAUGACGUGGAUGGAACAAUCCUUUCCUGCUUUGGUUAAAGUCAUGGUGCACGAAAGGGACCAACUGAUGGUGAAGCGCCUCCUGGAAUGUGAAGGUACUGUGGUAGGUGUAGUGGGGAUGGCACACAUGGAUGGUAUUGAGAGAUUGUGGAAAGAAGCCGAAUAGUAGUAUUUAGCAGCAGCUCACUUCAAUCUGCCUCCACCGUAAGCGCUCCUUUCAAUAUCGGAUGGAGCUUUUCCACAGUUGCAACCAAGGUUAUUAGAAUUUGUUUGAGCAGUUGGGGGCUUUCUACAGUCUUAUCGUAUCAUUAGAAUCCAUUUUUACCAGAUAUCUCUGACCUUCACUGUUUGUAGAAACAUUUUUAGGACAUUCGCUCAACUGCGAAUUAUGAGUCACUUGUAGAGUUCACCGCGGUAGUUUCAUAAUGUUGAAAGAUAUUUGUAGUGUACAUGCAACACAUGUUGCUGUGGCCCUGGGCUUGUUCUUUCCUUAAGAUCUACCGUUCCAGUUGAUUCAAAUUGCAAAAUGCAAUGCUGCACACAUUAAUGAAGGUAGCACUACAUGUGGUUCAACAGAA